UCGGACCGCUCUGGCAUCCCUUCCUCCGUUUCAGACCGGCCCUUCCAUUUGUACGUACGUCCUGUGUACUUUUGCUCGAAGAGGCCCUUUGCGUACCUACGUAGUUGAGAACCCCAGCGAUAGCACGUCUUCGUUGUCUCUGCGUACCUCCCUUCGCUCUCUCCCUCUCUCUCUCGUCCUCUCCCUCUAUCCAGUCGAGAGAAAGCGAGAGGCGGAGAACUAAGGGGUUAGGCGGGUAAGCCAGCUGGGCUGAGUGCCAGCCUGAGAGCGAGCGGGAACCGCCCUUAGGCGUGACUGGAGGAAGUUUAACGUGGCGUGCGGUGCAUCUUUCACAUGUUGUCGUUAGCGAAAAACGCGCAACAAAUAUCCACUAACGCCAUAGCUGUCGUUCGAGGAGCUUCGAAGAUGGCGGCGGCGACUGCGUCACUCGCUGUGUCUUCUUCCUCUUCUCUGUCCGCUGCCGCCGCCAUCGCUGUUUCGGCGAGGUCGAGAGGCUUCGCCACUGCAAGCGGCGAUGGUGCUUCUGGAAGCGCGAGCGUAUUUUCCCGCCAAGGAAAACUGCCCAAUGCUGCCCGGUUCGGAUUCAGUGCGGCCAUUGGAGAUGACAGGCUUGCGGGAUUCGGUGCCACGGCAGCACCCAAGGACGCCUUGGUGGAGCAGUACUUGAGUCCGAUUAAUGCAACUGCGCAAGAGAAACAUAAAAUUGGAAUAUCAAAGGUGCGCAAGGAUUUUGAAAGACGGCCAGGUGAUACUGGGUCCUCUGAAGUGCAAGUUGCUCUUCUUACAUACAAGAUCAAGUACAUGACGGAGCACCUGAAGACGCAUCGCAAGGACUUUGCGUCAAGAAAGGGUCUGGAGGGGAUGCUGUCGAAGAGGAAGCGACUUCUUCAUUAUUUGAGAAAGAAAGAUGGCGAUAUGUAUGCGCAGGUUAUUGGACAGCUAGGAUUGAAAGACAAGUUUUAACUGCCGUCGUGUAUCUCGCCGAUUCAGAUGUAAUGAUCGGAGAGGAAGGCAAUUGCGCAUUUUGCAGGAAAAAAGUGAAAACAAAAACAAAAAAACAAACAAACGUUUUUUUACGUUUUGUAGAUUACUCUUCUCUUAUGCCUCUUGAGACUGCGAGUUUAAUUGAAGCUUGGUGAGAGUGUGACGGAUAUCAAAAAAUUUGAAAAUUUUCAACCCCUUCCCUGACGGAUUCUUUUUUGUUUCAACUUUCAAGUUCUCUCCUUUACCCUGAUGAAUGAAGCUGGAAAUAAGUGUGACCAGACCAUGCACCCACCCCACAAUUAGGGGAAAAUGCAUUUACGUCAAAAUCAUCCAUCUGCACGACUAGUUUACCAUCUCUUUUGGGCUUUGCGGGUGAAGAAGGAACUCGGCAGUUCUCCACAUGAACGGAAAAGCCGACCUUCGGACGUUUUUCACUGUUCGACGCACACACUGUCCGCCUGCUGCCCCUGCUACCCCCUUCCCUUCAACAGCCUCUCCAAUGCAGCCCCGACCCCCCCCCCCCCCCCCCCCCCACCCCCCCCGGCCAUCGGUCUACCUCCCUCUCACCCCCUGGCUUGUGGGUGGAACAAGAACUGGACGCGAAGUUUCGUCUCCGCUCGAAACUUACAGUGCGCCCCCCCCUGAAUAGAAAGGGCAACCUUCCUAUGGGUUUCACUGUUCCAUGCACACACCCUCUCCACUGCCGCUGCUACUCCCUACCUUCAACUCCCCCUUCAGCAAUUCCCCCCCCAACCCUCUAGUUUGCCCGACAUUCGACCAUAUUCUUGUCAGGGGUUUGGACUAGACAGUCUGCUGGGAUCACAGGGUUCGCGUGAGUGAAGUCGACCACUUUCUCUCUCAAGCGUAUCUCAUAAACUUCGGGCAAGGUGGUGGCGAGUCCUUAUCUGUCGGUCAAAUCUGUACUUGAAAGACGGUCGGGCUCCAGUUGGCUGAUGAGUAGGUGAAAGUGCAACGAAACAGCUGUGCGAAGAUUACCCUCAUUUUGUAGAGGAGGGGGUUUCAUGGGUGUGACCGACUAAUUUCUCCGACGUACUGCCGUUCUUGUCAGGGGUUUGAACCGACCGACAGUCUGCAUGGGUAAUAUAUGACAUGCGUGAUGUGUCUACCAGAAGAGGGUGUUGGUUUAUGGCAUGGAGCCUUGGAUAUAGAGGAGGAGGGGGGGGAGGGGGAGGGGGUUAAAGUUGGGUUAUUUGACUGGGAAUGAAGCCCCCCUUUGCCG